GCUGUUUCCUAAUUCUACAUUUUAAGGUAUUGCACUUUGCAGUUCAACAAAAUUUUGCCCUGUAAUUUUUGUUUAUAUGUUAUUUCUUGAAGUAUGGAUGAGUUGGAUUCAUUUCUGGCGACUGUGGACGAAUUCGUAGAUGACGAAAAUCGAAUCGUCACUUAUAAAUGGCUGAGCGAACAACUCGCUAUUCCAACCAACAAAGCAAAAAGUCUUCUUCAGAAUUACGCUGACUCAUGCAAGAAACAAAACAAUGGAAUUCACAUUGUUUAUGCAAUAAUAGGACAUGACUCAGCUGGAAUGAGUGUAAAGGUCGUUCGAGAUGUCGAUCUUGACUCAGCGAAAUCAAAAAUGGAUAAAGUUUAUAGUGUUUCAUUAUAUAGCGUGCAAAAAAUGAAACUUCAACACAGUGCUGUGCUGUAUUCCACUGAUUAUGACACUCAUCGUAAAAAUCUGAGCGGAAUUUCGAAAUUUGGGGGUAUAACGUACAACGGUGCAAAGUGCUUAUCAAAGAAUGAAGUUAAACAACAAAAACAAACACCAGGUGGUGCUAAAGAGAUUUCUGCAGACCUUCAAAAACAAUUUGCGAAACCAGCAUUUGAAAAAGGGAAACCUGUGCAGCAGAAAGUCAAUUUUUUUACAAAAACGAAAACAUCACCCCCACAAAAGAAAGUUAAAGAGGAAAUAGCAUCGAAAAGCGACGCUGAACCCCAAAAAUUGAACUCUAAUAAAAAACCUGAUCCCCCAUUGGAAAAGGGGCAGAAAAAGGGCGUGGCUGCGUUUUUAACAAAAAAUAAAACCGAUCCGUUUGCAAAAAGUAAGACUGUAAAACCGGUGAUUAAAGAAGAACAGAAAACAGUGUCCGAUAAGAGUGAAAAACAGCCUUCAAAAAGCGACAGUACAACUGAAAAGUCACCUCAAAAAGAUAAGACAAAAGAAUCAUUGAAAAAAGAGAAAAAAAAUAAAAAAUCGUCAUCGAAACGUUCAGUUGAAGAAGAUGACCUAAGAAUUGAUGAUUUUUCGGAUGACGAGGAUGAUUUUAUUGAAACUGAUAAAAAAUCUGUAAAAAGUUUGAAAAAAGUCGCUGAUAAAUCAACAAAACCAAAAACUGUUGAAAAACCGAAGCCGAAUAAAAACAAAAAAAAUUCGCGGCAUGAUUCGAACGAGCUUCCAGCGAAGAAACGACGCAGAAUUCAGGAAAUGUUAUCUUCUAGUAGUGAGGAUGAAAACGAAGAUGAAAAUUACGAGGAAGAGAUGGGAAUUCCCCCUCCCUCACCCCCACCUGUGAUUGAACCCGAACCUGUGAAAGAAAAAUUCGUUGAAGAAGUCAAAACUAAUAAACGGAGGGAAAAAGUCAUGAAAAGUCGAACAUUUGUUGAUGAAGAAGGGUGUAUGGUAACACAAAAGUAUUAUGAAUUUGAAGAAUGCGAUGAUGCAGAACCUGUUGCUAAUGGUAACAAUGAUCAAGCGGAACAAAACCACAAAAACAAUACUGCAAAUGGUGACACAGAAGCAAAAACGAAAAAAUUUCCAGCGAUAUCUACUGCAGCUCAACCAAAAAAACAACAGAAACAAGCAUCAAUUAUGGGUUUUUUCAAGAAAAAAUAACUCUUUAUUCAAAUUUUGUCAUAAAUGGUGGGAAAUAUUUAUAGCAUUGUAUAUAUGCACUGCUUUUUCAAGAACUUAAAACUUGAACGGGAGGCUGUGCAACUUGAGAUGGGUAUAAUUAGUGCUGUCCAAAAUAGAAUCUUUUUUUGCCUCAUUUUACCGAUUUGCGAAUUAGCCGCAAAACAAUUUGAAUAAUUUGCGAUUAUAUUUCGAAUAUUCUGUUCGCUUAGACAUCCCUAGUUAUAAUAUAAGAUAAUACAAGAUGACUAAACAAACAGAACCCAAGGUCAUUUGUAACAUAUGGAGAGAAUAUAACUUUUGUGCCAAGCGUCCUUGAUUACGGAAACUCAUUGGGGACAAUCAUACACAAACAGAAGUUCAAGUGUUCCAUAAAUUUCAUUGAAGUAAUUACUAAUUUUAUGGGUCCUGUUUUUUUUAAGAGAGAGAUUAAGAGCGACUUAGUAUCAAGAUAAUGGAUUUUUCUAUGAAGCUGUUUUACAUUAAACGAUGAUAUCCUUUAAAAA